AUGUAUUCGGAUAAUUUUAGAACGUUCAAGCGAGUGCGGCGCGAUCUCACCCUCGAUAGGCUGUCGCAGCAUCCUCAAGUAAGCGGGUUCCUCACGGGGCGCCGCCUCUCAUGGAAGUUCAUCGUAGAACGAGCAGCCUGGUGGGGUGGGUUCUGGGAGCGUCUGAUUCGAACCGUAAAGACGUGCCUGCGCAAGAUUCUAGGCAGAAGCACCCUUGGAUACGAAGAUCUUGCUACGAUCCUCGCCGAAAUCGAAGCUGUGAUGAAUUCUCGGCCACUAACAUACGUCUCGGAAGACCCAAACGAUUUUGCGGCCAUCACCCCCUCCCACUUUUUAGUAGGCCACAGGCUCACCGCUCUCCCAUCACGCGAGCCAAGAGCCGCAACCGGGUCAACUCCCGUGGACCUACGACGACGAUGGAUUUACCAGGAGAGGUUGACAGACCGGCUUUGGGAAAAGUGGACGAAAGAAUAUAUCCUUUCCUUGCGAUCGGCCAACACCUGCAAGCCUGUCCAGUCACGCAGUGUUAAGGUCGGUGACCUGGUGCUGAUAUCCGCUGAGCAGAGACCACGAAUAUCUUGGCCUCUAGGGCGAGUCAGCCAGGUCAGGGUCAGCCCAGACGGAAGGAUACGGUCGUGCGAAGUGACCCUGCCAGGAGGACGGACACUCAACAGGCCGGUCCAGCUUCUCUACAGACUGGAAGCAGACAGCUGA